UCGUAAAUACUGGCAAUGCUGCUAAAGCUCAUCAAUGAAAUUAUUAAAAUUGCCUCUACGAGGAACAGGAGAAUUCUUGACAGUUGCAUUUCGCAUCUGGAGUACCGAGAAAGCAGUGUUAUGUGAUAGUAGCUGCGUUUUUCCGAUUUGUGAUCGACUUUAAUAACAAAUAAGAGACCUGACCUAAAUGUGUUUUAGUUGUGUUUAUUUUAGUGCUCAUUUUCUAAUUGAUAUAGGACGAAAACUGUGAACUAUACUAGUUUCGGAAAAUUGCUCUGAUAUUAUUUUAAAUCUCAAUUAGAACAUAUUCAAAAUGACGGAGACUAAAGAUGAAGAGCAAGUGGUGAUGACGCCCAAAGGGAAAACUGCCAAUUCCACAACACUGAUAAUAGAAAGAAAAAAAAUUCAAAAAACUGAUGAAAGAAUGCAUGUUGCUGGUGGUCAACAUACAGGAAUAGUUAUAAAUAAAGAGGCAGCAACAGAAAAUGGUACCAUAGAACCUGCUCACUUAUCACUAGAAUUCCGGGUAUUUUUAGUCAGUGCUCAAACUGGAAAACAUACCCAAGAAUCGAGAACUUUGAGGUUUUGGUUCCGUGCAGCACCAGAUACAACUGACCAUCCUUCCGAAGACAAACAAGCAAGUGUAGCACAAGAGUUUUUCAAAGAGUUAGUUUCACCAAAAGAUUUUCCAAGAGAUUAUGUAGGUUUCAUAAAGAAAAUUAUGAAACUUAUGCAACACAAUUACAAAACAAUAAAAAUGAUAGAAGUAGAACUCAAGCAAUUGGAAGGAGAAGCAGUGCCUGUUCGACCACCUGGGACUAUAAUACUUCGAUUCGAUUUGAGACAGUUUAAAACAGUAUCUGCUGAAGAACCAUUGGAUAAUAUUAAACUACUGACUGUUGAGAAAGUUUUGGAUCUAAUUGAAUCAGCUUAUCCAAACCCCAUUACAAUACAGGAUGUUGCAAAUGAUAAUGGAUGGGAUCAAGAAGAAGUUGCUCAUCAUUUAGCCGAAUUGCAAUCCCGUAAUUUGGUUAAAAAUUUAGAACAUGGUGCUUUUACUAGACAACAAUCACAGGAUGUUCAAGUCACUAUAGUUAAACAAAUGCCUACAAUGGCUAGCUCUAAACAACCUACAAUUGCCAUUAUUACUGCCCAAUAUUGUGAGAAAUUAGCUGUUGAUGCCAUGAUAGAGAAUAAGGAAACUUUUGUACGAUAUACCACAGUAGGUUCCAAUAGUCCUACAGGUGAUGGUUCAACUACUAGAUUUGGAGAAUCCAAUGUUUACACUCUCGGAAACAUUGGUGCUCAUAGAAUAGUUUGUACAAAAUUGCCAUCUGUUGGACAUACCAGAGAAGCAAUGACGGCUGCCGGUAACACCACAACUAGACUUUUAGGAACAUUUCAGAAAGUAGACUAUGUCUUCUUGGUUGGUGCUGGUGGAGGUGUGCCACAUUAUACAGACUACAAUAAGCAUGUUAGGUUAGGGGACGUUGUAGUUUCAUAUCCAUCAAAGGAUAAGAAUAUCUAUUUCUACUGUGAAAAAGCCAAUCUGAAUGAGAAGGAAUACGAUUUUGAGUACAAAUCUUAUCGACCCAACAACCUCAAUUUACAAGAUAUAGCAGCUAACCUCAAAUCAUCAGCUGCUAAUGACACCAAGGUGACACCCCCUUGGGUGAAGUACAUACAAGGGGCUUUGAAUAUUCUUAGGUCAUCUCCUGAACCAGACUUCAGGCCUCCCAGUUCUGACACUGACAAAUUAUACAUGAAUAUUGGAAACAAAGAUAUAAUUGAAGUUGCCCAUCCUCUUCCUCAAGAUAAAUCUGUCAGAAGGUAUUAUUUAAUCAAUAUUUUAUCAGAUAAUUUCUGUUAUUAUCGAAUUUUGAUAAGUAUUUUUCGUAAUCUUCAUUUAGUUGAGUGUCUAUUGUUCUUAUUGCUGCUUGGAUGCAACAGGAGAUUGACUUUCAGUAAACCACCAGCGUGUUAUAUAAGAAAACCGAAAGUUUCUCCAAGAAUAAGAAAAAUUAACUCGUUAUUUUCUAGGUUUGAUAAAGACAUAAAAGCCUUUUUCACUUGCAGCGUAAGAGUUUUAUUUUAUUGAGUUCAGUAAUAAUUUAAUCACUGCAGUAGUAAUUAGAUCUACACAUACAUUCUUUAUAAAAAAUGAUUUUCGAAUGAUAGUAUAUAAAACCAUCUGCGUAAUUGCUUAUUCUAAAGAGCACUGUAGCCUAAUGAAGAGUGAUUUGUUGAGUGCUUGUCCAAUAUGAAAAGAGUUAUCUGCGGACUCGGCCUAUAUUUGAAAGCUGAAGUAUACACUUGAACCCAGGAGUUUUUUAAUUAACAAUAUUGUCAUCAUUAGAAACUACAGAUUACUAACUGAAAUUACAAAACAUUCAAAAUGAUUAGGGUGCUCCGCUGUUAGUCAAUUUUAUUUUCCCUACCGUUGGCUAGAACUUUUGCCUACCUAUCCUUCCUCAUAUUAGGCAAAGUUAGAUGGGUUAAGAAUUAAGUGAGCAAAUUAUCUCUUUUUAUAAACUGUAAUACCUCCUAUUGUAUUCAAAAAGUUUUUUUUAGAAAAUUUUGAAGUUUUAAUAACUCUCGAUAUAGCAUGUCCAAUUGUUAAAAUGUUGUUAAGUUUCUUAUAUUGUCAAUGUAUCUCAGAGUAUUCCCAGUAGUUUGUCCUAUGUAUACUUUUUUCUAAUCUUAAAAUUUAAUUUAUUUCAUAGAUACCUAAUUUUAAAUUUUCUGUAAUUUCAAGGAAAUAUUACCUGAAUACUAUGUAGUUUUAGUUGAUGUUUUGAAAGGUAAUUUUAUGUUGACUAUAUGUUUUUAGGAUUUUUCAUAUGUUCUUGACUGAAAAAUGAAAUCUUUAAAACUAUUGUCCGAAUUUGAUGUUUUGUUAUUUAGUAAACUUUCGUUUUUUUUGCUUGUUUAUAAGUUUUUCUGAUAACUGUUUUCUAUAGCCAUUUGUAGUCGGGAUUGACUGAUGACAACUUUGUUCUCAAAAUUUUCGUCCAUUGAUAAUUAAAAAAAAAUCCGUGGGUAAGAGUUUGGUUACUUCAACUUUCAAUGCUUGUCCAACACCUGGACUAGUUGUUGUUUUGAAACGUUUACAAAUAUGUAUGUUACUCGCAAUUUAAUUCAUACUCCUCAACCUCUUUUUAUUGUACAGUGAUAUUUCUCAAAAUUGCAGACAAGAAGGAUGUCCAAGGAUACAUCUGGGUAGUGUGGCAUCCGGAAGACAGAUAGUCAAGGAAGAUGUACUCAGGCAGAAAUUUGCAGC